CGGUUUUCUAAUUUCCCGCUAGAAAGAGAAGAGAAGUGAAAGAAGAAGAUGGCGAUGGAAGUAGCAACACCGGCUUUUGCACCGAUCACAUCACCGGAGAUAAACAUCGUCCUCGCUGCGACGGCGAAGAAGGCUUCCGUUGAGACUCACAAGAAGAACAGGAUCCAAGUCUCCAACACGAAGAAACCUUUGUUCUUCUACGUUAAUCUCGCCAAGAGGUACAUUCAGCAACACAACGAGGUCGAGCUCUCUGCGCUUGGAAUGGCAAUAACUACCGUGGUAACAAUCUCUGAGAUCUUGAAGAACAAUGGAUUGGCUACAGAGAAGAAAGUGUUGACAUCGACAGUGGGAAUGAAAGACGAGACUAAAGGAAAGAUGGUUCAGAAGGCAAAGAUUGAGAUUGUGUUGGGAAAGUCAGCCAAGUUUGACUCUUUGGUGCCGCCUGUGACCAACGGCAAGACUCCUGAGGAGGUAGCCAAAGCAGAGACGGAGGCGGCUGUUGAAGUACAAGAAGCUGCAGCCACCGAGGCAUAAGACUGAUCUGGCUCAGAAACACAAGAAAGAUCGUUCCAUCUUUUUAAUGUUUUGUUGUUUUUGUUUCACUUGUGACAUAUCGAACAUAAUACUCUAGAUAUGUAAAUAAUAAGUACAUUGACGGUUUAACUGUGUUUCGUGACAAGCAGUCAUACAGAUAA